GCCAAGGUUAUUUUUCGAUUCAUGAAAUUAAAGGAGGCGUGGGCCACCGUGUCCAUCAUUAUAUGGGGAAUCCAAGUUCGCGUGUUACCUACACCAAAUGGUAGUGGUCAGGAGGAGAUAUGCCCUGUGCACCUUAUUCUCCGGCGGUCUGCUAGCUUUACGGAUCCCUGGGAAGUUGAUAUAUCCGACUUAGAGGCUGUCCUUGGCCUGUGGGUGUGGUCUCUCAAGAGCAGCGAAGCCUCCAACGACCCCGUGCCUAGCAGAAGGCUUUUCUCCUUUUCAGAGUCGCACGGCGAAAGGCAACAGCCAACAGAGGACUUUACUCUUUGGGUUUGUCGGGGUAGGGUGGCCUUGGAAGGUAAUACUCAGAAUUUUGCAGAUUGGGAAUCCGCUCCGAAGGUCGCCUCAUCCGGCGCAACGCUUAAUGGCGUGCGAUAUUUUGGAUGGCAAGCUCUUGGUUUUAUUAGCGACCCAUUGCUACUACAGGAGUCAAGUCACAUGCCACUAUACAUUGAGACGAAAGAAACACUUGAAAAGUUAUGCGCCCAAGAUAUAUACCUUUCUUUCAUUACAGCUGUUGCUGCAAUAUUGAGGGAUGUUGGCGGCGAGACACACAUUAGGGACCCUUUUACGGAAGGUCAGAUGGAUCUGACCAAUUUUAACUGGAUGCCUGAAUUCACACUCCUGAAUACUAAUUUGGACAAGAUGGCUACAGCCUUUGUUGACAGUGGGCUUGGUUCCCGACAAGAUGCAUAUAUGUGCAUCAUCCCGCCACUUAGCAUGCACUCAAAGUUGCCGAGGGUGAGCGAAGUGGUUCAGGAAACUCGGAAUGUUACAGCCAAGUGGAGGAGGGAACACAAAUGGCAGCUAGCUGAGAAAUUUCUCAAUCAGGCUACGUUUUACUACAAGAUGAUGGAGUCCCGAUACACUGUCGUGGCCCAGAGGGAUCUUGGCGAGCUAUAUCGUGCGGCCCUGAGGAGCGGGAAAUCCGAUGCCAUUCAGUUCGGCUUUGAUGGCGUGUCUUCUAUGUGCAAAGUUUUAUUCUCCUGGGAGGAAAACCCCAAUAUCUACUAUCGCUAUAGGUGGAUUGCUACUCAAAUAGCCACCGAGGCUGGCCUUAACAAAUUCCUUAACAGGCUAGAUGUUAACAUCAAGGAUAACUGGGUUAGGGACCCGCCGUUUGAGGGUACAACUUUCAUGGAAGCCGUCAAAGACGGGAAUUUGGAGGCUGCUCUGCUGUUAAUCGACAGGAAUGGGCAGGACGUAUUAGAGAGAGAUGAGGGAGGGCGAGAUGCAAUGUCAUGGGCCGCCCAACAUAACUUUUCAGAGUUAGUCGAAGCUCUGAUCGAACGCAAUAUUGACCCGGAUACUGAGGACUCAGAUGGCCGGACGCCUCUUUCAUAUGCCGCUGAGCAUGGCAAUGCUGAUCUAUUGGAUCUACUCCUUGCACACGGGGCAUCUCCAGCCGGGAGAGAUUCAUUCCGCCGCAGCCUACUUCACUGGGCAAGUCUCGGGGGCCACGAGUCUGUGGUUAGAAGGCUCGUCUCAACAGAGAGUGUUGAGUUAGACUUCAUGGACAAGUCAGGGGGCACCCCUCUGCUCUUAGCUGUGGGUUGCGGCCAUUCCUCUGUAGUGGACUGUCUCAUAAACAGCCAUGUUAAGGUCACUGACGAGGCGUUAUUUCGAGCCUGCAAAUUUGGAAGCAUUGACGUUGUCCUGCUUCUUCUAGGCUCAGCAUCCCCCGGUGCCCCAAGUCCGCUUGAUGGUAUCAAGGGUAAUGAUGAUUGGACAAAUCUGAUGUUUUCCACCAACAAGGGCAGAGCUGGAGAGGUGAGGAAGAUACUGAAGCGUGGUAGUGUUGUGAAUGGGCAGAUCGAGGCUAGGAUAGGCCCCAUGGAGAUAGCGGCUUGGAGGGGGCACGAGGACGUCAUGGCUGUCCUAUUCGAAGAGGGGUUCACGGUGGAUGCAACGAACGACCGCAGACACACGGCGCUCAUGUUAGCAACGCGCAACCGCAAAGCAAGGGUAGUUGAUCUCCUACUGGCGCGUGGGGCCGAUCCCACACGGACCAACGAGGCAGGCGAAACAGCGCUUCACAUCGCGGCCGAAAAGGGGGACAUAGACAUCGUGGAAAUGUUGUGCAGCCACGGCGUCGACAUUGAUGCCUGGAACAACGAUUACAACACGCCCCUACACAUCGCAGCCGUUCACGACAGCUGCCAGGCCGCAUCUUUCCUGCUCAGCAAGGCAGCGUCCCUAGAAGCGCAGAAUACCAAGCAGCAGACGCCGCUUCACGUAGCGGCCCUCUACAAGGCCCAUGGCGUAAUGGAACUACUCGUGAGGGCCGGUGCGGACCUGGAGGCACGGGAUGAAGAGGACGAGACGGCGCUGCACUUGGCCGUAGCAGGAAGCUGGACCUCGGGCGUCGAGCUUCUAAUCGGCGCUGGGAGCGACCUCGAGGCAGCAGGGUCGCGCGGUACUCCCCUUACCUGUGUGGUGGCACGCAAGGAUGAGGAACAGUGCAAGCUUCUGCGUGGGCAUGGCGCCCGCGUUGACGCCAGGGUGCCCCGCGACUUCAACCGGACUUGCCUCCACCUGGCGGCUGAGAAAAAUGACAUCAGUCUCGCCGAGUGGCUCAUAGGCGAGGGGGCAGAUCUAACCGCGCGGGAUGCGAACAAUAUGACAGUGAGCGACCUGGCUGAAGCCUUGUGCGACCCAUAUACGUUUUACCUCUUCAAAUUACUUUCACAAUGAUACAACGUUUGGGCCUAGCUAAAGCAGGCGGGGGGGAAAUGUCGAGUUAACAAUCUUAAGUGAGGAUCAGGCGUUGACAGGAAGCACGAGGAGUAAAAGACGGGAUUUCCUACGUGACACUACUCACAUAGUUACGAGAUAUACACAGUCCUUUCGGCGUUCUCGUGCAAUGGUCCCCCCAAAUGCCCAGAUCCAUCCAGCAACACGGCGUGUCUCCUAGAGGGUGCGCCAUUGCGUAUGAGGACCG